AUGUCGCUUCUAGAAAGCCACCUUGAGCAGAUUACACUGUCUGCCAAUGCCAUUGCCGACUUGUCAUUCCCUCCGCCCAAGAUAUUCACCAACGCUUUGCUCAAUACUCCCGAUAUUACUGCCCUGAUCAGAGACACCGAAGUGCAUGAACGCGCGCUAUUCACGCUCGAUGCAUCCGCGAAACCCUCCCAAAGGCGCGCAACGCGCCGAGGAACGACAUUCCCAGCCGACACUCAGCGAGAGACGAUGAUCAGUCGCAUCAACGCGGCGAGGAGCAACCGACAUCAAUCCGCCGUCGCUCGUGUUUUGGGAAACGAUAUGAUGGAGGAAAUUAGACGCUCAGCGGGGUCCUCUACAAGGCUACAGCGAGGCGAGGUCAACGUUGAAGUGCUAUUGAAAGGUGCCGAAAUCUUGUGCAAUGUCUAUCCCGUCGCUGGUGCUGCUGAAAAGAUUGCAGACCUCCGUUAUCGCUACUCUCAAAUCAGCGAAUCUCUCGUCCGGUUGGAGGCUAGGGUGGCCGACAAUACUGCCGAACUAGAGCGUAUGAAUGAAGCAUACGACCGAGAUAAUGAGAUUGAGUACCAGGAACCGCAACAGCAUGACACACAGGUCACGGAUGACGAUAUUGAGCGAGAGCUUAAGGAAAUUCGACAGCUGGAGCGGAGGAAACAAGUGCUCGAAGAUCGUGUGACAGGAAUGUCACGAGAUCUAGGAGGUCUAAUGAGAUGA